UAUAUUUUCCGGAACCAGACGCCAGUCUGCAUUGUUUUCAAUCUUUCCGCAAGCAUAUUUCAAUGAUUUGUAAAUAAUAUUUUAUUUUUUAUGCAAAAAUAAGCUGUUUUUAAUAAGCGAAACGCAAAUGGAAACACUUGAUCAAACGCAGCAGCCAGUGGCGGUGCAGGAAGAGACGCCAUCGCCGUUGCCGUCACCGUCACCCCUUCCAGAUGAAAUAACACCUCUGGAGGUGGUCCAGGAAUUCGUGGCUGCCGCCAAUAGCGGCUCCAUUGGCCGCGAACUCGCCGACGAUUGCGUCAUUAGCUUCUUUGGACGCCACAGCCGCGGAUCGGCCGUAUCUGCUGGUUAUUUCCGGGUAUUCAUCUCGUCGCGCUACCAGCACGAGGGCUUUGAAAAGGCCACCUUCGUAAGUCCCGCCAAGGUGGAGAACCUUAAGUUGCGCUUCAUGCGCUCCUUCUCCUGGGCACGUCGACGCAUGGUCGAGGAGCAGAAGGUGCAGAAGGUUCAACAACGAGCCACCUCCCUGCAUCUGCGUGCGGAGAGCGAUGACGAAGACGAGCAGCCACCCCCCAGUCGCUGUACCGCAGAAUUGGUUACCCCGCCGCGUCCCGUUAGCCAGGGCCUGGAUCAGGUGAAGUUUGUGGCGGCCAAGGGAGUACUGAAAAGCCUCAGUGCAGAUUAUUCAGACAACGGCUUGGAUUUUGGCCACACCCGCACCAUACGCCUAACGCUGGGCUAUCGCCAGGUGCCGCUGGCUUUUGGCCAGGGACGUCACAUUGACAUCUGCCUGGCCGUCUACGAAAAGUACUCGUCGGCUUCAUCGUCAUCUGUGGCUGUUCCCAGGCGCGGCAGUGCCGCCCGCUGCAAUCCACCAACAGACGACGAGGCGGAGGAUGAUUCUGAUCAUAGAAACGGUGCCCGACGUACUUUGUUUGCAGAGGCGGACAACGAAGACAACGCAGAAGCUGAACAGGAUGAGCCGGAGCCGGCGCUGGAGCACACUCCAGCCCGAGUAGAGGUCAACACUCAAGAGGAAUCCGCCUUGGAGGAAACGCCACCGCCCUCCAUUAGCAGCUGCACACCAAGGAAGCGUCAUAUUGCCUCCAGCGGAGGCGAGGUGAAGCCCAAGCGCACGCCCAGGCUGAAUCGGCUGCGCUUCUAGGAUACCUAGGAUACCUUAGACCAUGUAGCUCAAUAAUGUGGAGAGGCUUAUGGCUCACAAAGACUGAUUGCCCCCGUUUAUGUCCCUCGUUUUGGGACGCACCCUUGGGCUAGGAUAACCCGAAUAUGUAUUGUCUUACAUACACAGCAUGCACAUCUGUUUAAUGAUUUAUAAAUUAUUAUUCAAGUUAUUCAUAUUUUUGUAAAUCAAUUACGAUAAUAAUUAUUAAUUUAAAUAAAGUAAUUGUUUAAAAAUAAAUUAAAGCUAGGUAUUCAAAUAUUAUUUAUCAAGCUGUAAAAUAGUAUGAUUUUGUAUUCAAGUUGGACUAUUUGCAUUGUUUAUUUCAGUUUUGUUUAUUUCAGUAAAUUUCCGAAAGAUUCCUAGAACCGUAA